AUUUCUGUGUAGUUUGUCUCCUCCCUCAUCUCUUCUUGAAGUGUGAAAAGCAGGAAGCGUCUUAUUCAGUUAAAACUGUAUGUUAAUGUGUCAGUAUGGGGUCCAGUGCACUGUCUCUUGUACUCUUGCUGAUGUCCUUCAUCCACUCUGGACUCACUCAAGAGACAUCCCCUUCCCCACAGUCUGAUCCUGUAAAUACAACACAGAAAGCUGUAUCCAUAGGUCAAAAUCAAGUCAUUAUUGAAGAGCUUGCAAUCCUGACACCCCAAAAAGUUGAGCUUUUAUGUAACCUAAUUGAUAUACCAAAUAACCCUCCAAACAUUACUGGCUAUUGGACUAAAGAUGGACAAGAAAUUGAAAACUUUGAAGAAUCUGUAAAUAGAAACAAUGAACAGUAUAUCCUUAAAAGGAAUUUCAGUAUAGAGGCCGGAAACCUGGGAAACUAUUCCUGCAACUUCAGAGAAAAUGAGGCACAAGUAACAUUUGUUUUAGAUGUUCCUGCAAUAAAAGACACAAGAAACAAGCCUGUAGUGAGCUACAUCGGAGAUUCAGUUGUACUUGAAUGUAAACUCAAACUCAAACACACACCAAACACUUGGAACUGGUACAAGGCAAACAACACUGAAAAGGUCCUCAUCAAUGUUACUGCAAACCCUCUGAACUACAAGAUCGUUAUUAAUGGAAGUGAUACAAAACUGACUGUUUUGAAUCUGACUGAAGAAGAUUCUGGAAAGUACAUAUGCAGCGCUGAGUUUGAUAUCAAACCCAGGGAGUCUUAUGUCAACCUGAAGGUCUUGUCGUAUACUGAGCCUCUCAAACCCUUCAUUGCCAUAGUGGUUGAAGUCAUUGUCCUGGUCACACUGAUUUUGCUUUGGGAAAAAUGCAACAAGCCACAACAGGACAACUCUUCUGCAGGAGAGAAUGAUGUCUGCUCUGAACAGACCAGCAAACUCACUCGUGAUGAGAGCAAUGGAGUGAACAACACAGCAAGACAAAGAAAACUGCAGCCCUGAUGUUUUCAUUUUAACAGAUGAAAAAUAAUGUGAUUAUGUAAUGUGGCUGGAAUCACAUAAAGCAAUAAGCAAUAUUUUUUUUCCCUAAACUAAUUCUGCCACAGCCACAUACAUAAACAUAAAU